CUUUGUAAAUGUUUAUUGAACGAGUUACUUACGAUCUCAUUCUCGGAUGUUGUUUUCGUCAUUUCAUCUUCACUCCAUUCCAUUCAAUCUGUUCACAAAGUACGGUCGUUUUUGUAAUAUCUAGUCAAGAUCAGUUUAGUAACUUAGUUUUAACAAUUUAGUCGUAAGAAGGUAACUAUAACGGGAGUUCAUCACGAUUAACCGAAUAUUGAAAUGUAAACAGUGAUCUUUUAUUGAGUUGAAGUGAUUACACUAAGUUUUUCCUUUUAUAAUGGAUUCAAGAGUACGAGUUUUAUUUAUAUCAACUUUAUUUAUUUUACAAUGUGGAAUAAGUAUCGGCAAAGUGCAACGCUAUAAUACCAAUAUAGAUUUUUUACUUCAUGAAGCUGGAGGAAUAACUAGUGCACCAAAACGAGAUUAUUCAGCGGAGUAUCCAUCUCUAAAACCGUCUUCAACAACACUACAACAAACAAGAACCACACAAGGCUUGAAUAUUGUAACUGGAACGACACCAAAACCCCAAUCACCAAAGAGGGAUUAUGUUGCACCGCAACUGCCAACAACAAAACAUGACCACAAAACAACAUCACCUCAACAUAAGGUAACACCAAGUCCAGCUAUUCAAUCAGGACCUGCAGUCAAACCACCAUCAUCACCAAAAAGAGAUUACGUCGCCCCACAGUUCCCAACCUUGAAACCACCUCAAGAUAACAAUAGACCAACAGGAAACGUUAAGGAUCUUAUAAAUUACUAUGAUAACUUUAACAACAACAACAAUAAUAAUGCUCGAAAACCGAGUUACAGCUCUAUUUUGCAAGGAUCUAGUAUUGGGACAACAGUUAAGCCAUCUCUAACACCAAAGAUACCAAGUUUCAGCUCCGUUGUUGGCGGGACAACAAAACUACCAACUAGUCCACCAACCACGCCCCCUGUUCACAAACCAACAGUUCCAAAUAGUGGUAAAAAUACAGCGGCAACAGUACCCGUGCUACCAAGUACAAUAUUAAACAACAAAAACCAAGGCAGCAGCGCUUCUAAUAUCGCCACCGACGCCGAAUUACAAGCCAUUAGCGAAGAAUUAUUAAAAAAAGAUACGAAUAAUGCAGCGAGAUACGUUACAAUCAAUUUUCAAGAGAAAACCUCCUCAAGUUCCAAAGAAGAUAAAGCUUCGCAACCAUUACUCAACAUAGCAUCCGAUGUUUGGAAUAUUCCAACUAUUCAAAAGUUUUUGCCACUUUUGGAUAAUUACGAAAGAGAUACGUUGGUUAACGAAUAUGUAACGUCACAGGAGAGAACAGAAGAAAAUGCAUUUAUGGAUGCCAUCAUGUCUACAAGUGUUAUCCGACAUUUAAUGAAUUUCCUCAAGGAAAAAGGUAAAGUUCCUCCCGAUCCGGCGAAACAGCGGGACUUCCUAAAACAACUAUGGUUUGGCUUAUAUUCAAGAGGAAAAGGGAAGAUCAGCAGUUCGGGAUUUGAACAUGUUUUUGUGUCCGAGCUGAAAAAUGGCGAAGUAUCAGGUUUACACAAUUGGAUAUACUUUUCGAAAGAAGAGUCCGCAAAUCGAGUAAAUUACUUAGGAUAUUUGAAAUACGUUCAGCUAAACGAUAAAGGAGUCGUUAUCAAAUUACAUUUUAACCAACAAGGGGUUGACAAGCCAGUAGAUUCAAUGUUCAUCGGCACUUCACCAGAACUGGAGAUUGCGCUCUACACUCUUUGUUUCGUCACUCGCGAGGGAGACGAUUGCAGACUGAAGCUCGCCAACAAAGAUGUCAACAUACUCACACAUAACUUUAGAUAUAGGAGCAAAAAUUACAUAGGCAGUGCCUUCCCUCAGAUUUAAAAACUUGCCCUCACUUAAACUUUAUUCCUAUAAAUUGCGUAGCAAGUUAAAAUCCAUGGCAAUUAGUAAACCACAAACUUUGAUAAAGUAAUCUUUUGUAACCAUUCAAUAAAUAAUUCGAACU